AUGGUCACACUUGAUCUUGAAGUUGCUAAUAAUGAAAGUCUAAAACAAUGGAAUGAAAACUUGAUGAACAUCCGGGACACCGUCCUUCCCGAAUCUUUAGGGAAAGUAAAAUCACAGAAAGAAGGAAUAAAAAUUUUCAAAGAGGAAAUUGCAAAUUUACGAUUAUCUAUGAAGCAGAGUGCUGAUGAGAUUAAAAUAACUGUGGACACUGUUUUAGAUGACAACACUACCAAUUUAGACAUAAUGGAGGCUUCAAUACUGGGUGAAAUGGCCGAACAAGAAAAGGAGUCAGAAGACUAUAUCCUAUACCUUGAGAAAAAGAUUGUGGACUACAGUAUUGACAUGUCUACAUGGAAACCAUCUGAGCUAGUUAUGACAUUCAGCAAGGAGAUAGAAAACGAUAUUCUUAUAACUUUUCCAGAACUUACUGAACCACGGGUGCCAACCUUUACAAAGGGAAUAAUUACAAAGGAAAAAGUAGGAAGGCUAUUUGGUUUUAUCAAACCAGGUACAGACCCAAGAUUUCCAAAAUACAAUGACGAAACUGGGCCGGAUGGUACUUUAAUUGUAUUAUGCCCACAGCCUGUCAUCAUGGAACCAACUGGUUUUGUGACAAAAGUGGAUGGAUACCAUACGGUCACAACAGAGGAAGAUCUUCUUUAUACAGAUUAA